UUCCAUAUAGCCAAGUAGUGACAAUACUGACAGUUGAUUCUUAAAUCAGCACAAUAAGUAUAACAUGAGUAUACUUACUUAGUGUGUACAUACUUUUUGGAACUUUCAAUAAACAAUUGUCAACCUAGAACAAGUGCACUAGGUAUUGGUACAGUCAGAAUUGGAAAAGGAUGACUUCACAGCCUAUCGAGUGUGGAUAAAUAUUUCUAGUUUAAUAAUAAUUGCCUUGUUUCAAAUGGUGACAUAGCAAAAAUUAUGAAACUGUUGGAAAUCUUAACUUUGCUCAGUGCCUUGGUGGCACUGGGGCAAGGUAGCGACAUUACCUCACUUGUUUUUGGAAAAGAUUUGGAUGGAAUGCCAGCUGCCUUUGGCGAUUUUGACUCAGAUGAACUCACCGAUGUGUUUGUGUUGAAAAAUCUCACCACAGUGCAAGUAAUGUUUGCCUCCAAUGAAGAACCCCUGCUGCAAUCAAGAAAAGGAUACAGCUGUAGAUUUGAUUUACCUGUUACGAGUGUUGUGCCCGGAGAUUUUGAUGGAGAUGCCUUUAUGGAUAUACUGGUCACUACUCGGAGUAAGAAAAGUAAUAAGCUUACAGAUGUUUACAUCCUUUGGGGUGGAGAUCACCCAUUGAAUUGCACUGAUGCCACAGUAGUGGUGCUGGAGAUGAAGGGACAGCCAUUGGCAAUUGAUUAUAAUCAUGAUAUGAUUAUCGAUCUUUUUGGAUCUGAUAUUAAUAACACUCGUAAAUUUUGGAUCUUUAAUAAUGACAGGACGGUAACCCCCAUAAAAAUGAAGCCAACAAAAGAUUCAAGAUCAAUAAAGAUGCCUCAUUCUAAUGCAUUUUUGGACUUGAACAAUGAUUUUUUACCUGAUCUGGUUGUAACUACUAACAAGAGUCUUGAACUAUGGUAUGGCAAAGAAAGUGGAUUUGAAUUUUUCCGUGACUAUGACAUUUCAGAAUUUAUUGUAGUUGGCCAGUCUCUUUAUUUGGAUAUAGAAUUAAUGGAUAGAAUAGAUUUAAUUUUACCUGUUUGCAAAGACGUAAAUUGUGAAGAUAGUCACAUUUAUGUAUACUUGAAUGACAAAUGGGAAGAUAUGAAAGUUAAUUUUGUAGAUAACACUAAUACGAAAUGGGGUUUUGCUCAUACCCCCGGGAAAAGAUAUAUAGAUACCAUAACAAUGCGAGGUGGUGAUUUUAACAUGGAUGGGUACCCAGAUUUGCUUGUCACUUUAAAAUCUACUACAAGUGGUGCGACCCGCUCAUUUCUACUUGAAAACACUUUUACCGACAGUCGCGGCAGUUUCAAUCGCACUUUUAAAGUGCGCUGGAAUGCCCUUAAUCCAUUUUAUAACAAUGACAGUGUUAUGGCAGUAUUUUACGACUUUUACCAAGAUGGUAUUUUAGAUGUGAUCUUCGUACUUAAGGACAAUGAUGAAGUUUUUAGAACCGCUGCCUUUAAAAAUAGUCUCGACUAUGAUGCUAACUUUGUCAAAGUAAUGGUGUUAACGGGAAGAACAAACAGUUUGUAUCCUAUAUCAGCUGGCAGUCUUGGUAAGAAAAAGCGAACUUACGGAACAAAUUUGCCUGGACCAUCAAUUGCUUACAAAACUAGAACUCAAGAUGGUAGCCCACGAAGCGCUAUAGCUGCUCAGUUGCCGCAAAGCGCACAUUUCGCUAUGAAUUUACCAUUCACUAUUUUUGGCUUGGGAAGGACACCAAAUUUUAUUGAUUCUUUAACAAUUGGGCUGUCCAACAAAUCACGGGACUGGACACAAAUCAUUCCCAAUUCCCAAAUGGUAGUGAUACCGUAUCCUCCGUCCGAUCCUUUAAAGUGGAAAGUGCAGCUUUUUGUUACACCUAGUAAGCUGAUUUUGCAGAGUGCAGCUGCAUUGACAGGAACCUGCGGACUGAUAACCCUUAUUAUCGCCGCUCUGUACUGGAAGGAAAGGCGAGAGGACAAAAUUGAAAAAUUACAAGAAGCACACAGAUUUCAUUUUGAUGCUAUGUAAAACUUGAAGUAAUUCUAUUCUGUAGUAUCUUUAAUUGUUUUUCUACAUUUUUGUGCUCUAUGUUUAAACUAUAGCAGUUUUUUUUAGUUUAAUCUACUGCGGAACUGUUGUUUGUGUAUGAGAUAAAAAAAAACCCGUUACGAUGCAUUUCCAAUUAAAAUUUAAAAUAUUGAUAAGUAAUUAUAAUACAAGAUAUAAUUUUAUGAACUAAAAAUACCAUGUUAAGAUAUUAAUUUUACGUUAAACUAAAACAGUGUUAUUUAUUUAUAUACAUGAUAUUUAGAUUUAGAUUGUUUCGAAAUAUCGUAUAAACAUAGAACGUGAUAUUUUGUUUGUCGCCACAAAUUGAUUGUGUAUUUAUAUUUAUAUAAAAUAAAAUGUUAUUUACCACAUAAA